UCUGAGAAUGACUCCUCUCUGGAUUCUCUUUCAGUCCCUGCAGGUGAUGGGACACUGAGUGAAAACAAUGAGGAGAAUCUUCCACAGGAAGGACUGGAGCAUGUGACUCCAUGUGGGAUGUUACUGGGAAGAUCUGAAGGGCAUGUUUACCAGAUACGUGAACAGGAAGAGACCUGUGAGAGUCAACAUAGCCCAGAAAGGCAGCACGGAAACCAUCCAGGAGAGGGACAGGGUAAAUCCAGUCACAGGAGCAGAGGGGAAAAAAGAAACAAGGAAACGAUUCAACAGAAAACCUCCCAUCAACAAUCACCCUGCACUUCCAGUGACUAUAAAACUCUUAUUGAACCUCAAAGAGCCCACACAGGAGAGAAACGCUUCAGCUGCUCUGACUGCGGGAGAAGCUUCAGUAAGAGAUCAAACCUUGAAAGACAUAAGAGAAUCCACACGGGGGAGAAACUCUUUUAUUGCUCUGACUGUGGGAAAAGCUUCAGUAGGCGCUCAAAUCUCAUAACGCAUCAGAGGAGCCACACAGAAGAGCCACGUUUCAACUCCUCUGAUGGUGGGAAACCCUUCAAUGGGAGAUCAGACCUUGUUCGACAUAGGGGAGAGAAAUGCUUCAGCUGCUCUGACUGUGGGAGAAGCUUUAGUAAGAGAUCAAACCUUGAAAGACAUAAAAGAAUCCACACAGGGGAGAAACGCUUCAGCUGCUCUGACUGUGGGAGAAGCUUCAGUAGGCGCUCAAAUCUUGUAACACAUCAGAGGAGCCACACAGGGGAGAGACCCUUCAGCUGCUCUGACUGUGGGAAACGCUUCAGUGGGCGAUCAGACGUUGUUUCACAUAAGAGAAUCCAUAGGGGAGAGAAACGCUUCAGCUGCUCUGACUGUGGGAAAAGCUUCUAUGGGCGUUCACAUCUUAUUACUCAUGUGAGAAUCCACACAGGAGAGAAACCUUUCAGUUGCUCUGACUGUGGGAAAAGCUUCAAUAGGCGCUCAAAUCUUGUUACGCAUAAGAGAGUCCACACAGGGGAGAAACCCUUCAUCUGCUCUGACUGUGGAAAAAGCUUUUGUAGGAGCUCACAACUUUUUAGACAUCAGAGAACCCACAAAGCAGAGCCACAUUUCAAGUCCUCUGACUGUGGGAAACGCUUCAGUGAGAGAUCUAAUCUUGUUAGACACAGGAGAAACCAUUCAGGGGAGAAACACAUUUGCUCUGACUGCGGGAAAAGCUUCAGUUGGAAAUCACAUCUUAAUAUACAUAGGAGAAUGCACACAGGAGAAAAACCGUUUAGCUGCUCUGAGUGCGGGAAAAGCUUUACUGGGCAUUCAAGUCUUAUUAAUCAUGUGAGAGUGCACACAGGAGAGAAACCUUUCAGCUGCUCUGACUGUGGGAAGAGCUUCAGUAGGAGCUCGUAUCUUGUUACACAUAAGAGAAUCCACACAGGGGAGAAACCCUUUGUUUGUUCCGAGUGUGGGAAAAGCUUCAGGGAGAGAUCAGGCCUUGUUAAACAUUCAAGAAUUCACACUGUGAAUAUCCUUUGAUUGUGGGAAAACUUUGAUUUGGUAUUCACAUUUUAACAGUCACGAGACAAUACACACAGGAGAAUCAUAGAAUCAUUAAAUCAAAUAAUAGAACACUAGAACUGGAAGGGACCUUGAGAAGUCAUCAGCUCUAGUCCCCUGCCUUUACGGGAGGUCCAAGCACUAUCUAUCAUCCCUGAUAGAAGUCUAUCUAACUUGCUCUUAGGUAUCUCCAAUGAUGGAGAUUGCACAACCUCUCUAGGCAAUUUAUUUCAGUAUUUAACCAUCCUUACAGUUAGGAAGUUUUUCCGAAUGU